UUUUAUUAAUCUUGUCACUAAAGGCGCGAAAUUCAAAUUUUUAAUUCUGGGCACAAGAUGGCAGAUUUUCCAACGAAAGUUCCAAAUUCGAUUUCAUGAGUGUCAACUAUUUGUCAUUUUUGAGUUGAUUUGAGUUUUCUUGAUGAUUUCUAAAUUGGAUUAAAUACAAUGGGCAAACAUUUCGGCGAAUUAGCGACUAUUCGCGGAAUAGUCUACUACAGACUGUCUCCUCAUGAACUAAACCCUAUAGCUGGACUACUCAGUAGAGGACUACCAAAUGUUUGGCCGAGGACUACGGCUACUAUACUUAGAUGGUUGCCACCAUUCAUUUUGGGAUACGCAUCGUACGCUUCCGUAGAGUAUGCAUUUCUGCAAUCAAAACGAAAGAAUCCGAAAGAUUACUUAAAUGAAGUGGACCCUAACCCACCGCCGCCGCCACCACCCGAAGAAAAGAAGUGCGAACCCAAAGAUAAAAAGAAGAAGUAGGUAAAUAGGUAGUGUGAGAAAAUGUGUACGGUCCACCUGGUCAUUUGCGUCUGAUGGAGUAAAUGCGUUUUUUGAAGAUAUCUUAAUGAACAAAAUAUAUUAGAAUUAUGAUAGCCUUUUAAAUUUAAAGUUUGACGAUCAUACUUGGAUUGAACAUAGAGGGAUGCAAUAGUUGUAAAAUUUUCCGUUUAGUUAGA